AUGGCUGUGGUGAAGUUUACGUGAGCUAUCUAUACCCAACAAGUGGGUAUCAAAGUGUCUGCAGAGCAGUCAUUGGCUGAGGCAUAGUUCUGUAUUUCAGUGACAAAAAGGUAGGAUGGACAUAGAACCUUCUGAGCCUGUGCAAGACUUUGGAUCAUUUGCUUUUCUUGCAAUGCCCCUCCACUCACUUGAAACUGAUCUUCGGAGAGACAGGGUGAAAUGCGCUGUGGAUGAAGAGACGGCUCCUAAGGAAGAGUCACUAGUUACCCUUGCCUUUCCACUUACCCUUGCAGACAAAGUCGUUUAGAAAGCCACACCGAGAGAGUGUGACGAUGAAAGAAUGCAGCCACUCUAAGAAACAGUUUAACUGCAGGCCAGUUUUACUUGGGUGGUAAUUCCACUAGCCCUGCAUUGACUAACUGCUUUCUGGGUAUGGAGAAACGGGAGGUGGAUGCUGUAACAGAGAGCUGGGAACUCAGUCUGGAACCAAACCUAAAAAGCUACGCCCCCACACGGGGUGGACAAAGGGGGAUUACAGGGAAGACUUGGCCAUUCUCACGGGAAAGUCAAGAACAGACACCCUGCUUUUACUCUGGAGCAAAGCAAACUCAUAUUCUAAGUGUAUAGAUGGAAAUGGGAGCUCCAUGAAUAUAGUAAAUGCAAAUGUGUGUGAACAGAGCUUUAGCCUCUGCUGACAUUCCCCAGACCGCUAAGUAACUUUCACUUUCAUCCAGAAAAAGGCACCCCACUCCCCGAGCAAUCGGAAGUAGCCCUAAUUGCCUCCCAACCUCAAGAUCAGCUUCUUUCACUCCUGGGGUUCCCUGGUCCUGUUGGCCACGCAAGACUGCAGUGCCCCCACAGGACAGAGCUCUUGCUCUUCCCCAUCCCUUACCCCUUUGUGCUGAAAAAAAAAAAAAAAAAAAAAAAAAAAAGAAAGAAAGAAAGGAAAAGAAAAAAAAAGCAUGACAAACACGCACUGUGAUCAUGAGUCGCCGCCUGCCCCCAACUAUGGUCGCAGCAGCCUCCGCCCUCCAGUGAGUGAGGAUGUCUGAGGCUCUUGCACAUUAGCGGCAGGAAGUGGAGUCCCGAAGGGAGGCUGGGAAUUUGAACGCCUUCCCAUUUCAGCACUCGAGAGGAGGAAGCGCUGCUCAGCCCUCCGCAGCGCGCACAGAUGGCUACCUCUGCCUCCUGAGCGCUGUGUUCCCGGGCUCUGAGCCUCUCCUCCCCUCCUCUCGGCUCCCCCGCCCCCGCCCCUCUCCCCCUCCUUGGAGGGAAAAGUCUGCCGAGCUGGGAACUGUCUUGGAGAAUUCAACAAAGGCGCGAGCCAAAGGGGAACAAACUUGAAAAAGAACUUGUUUUGUGCCUGUUAAGAAACCUGCAGGGAAAAUCCACACCUUCCAGGAUAUUUCAAUGGAGGCAGCUGGAGAAUCUGUAUUUCAGGGAAAAGAAGUUUUCCGUGGAAGUUCAUGACCCCCGCAGGGCUUCGGUGACCAGGAGGACUUUUGGGCACAGUGGCAUUGCUGUGCACACGUGGUAUGCUUGUCCGGCAUUGAUCAAGUCCAUUUGGGCGAUGGCGAUUAGCCAACAUCAGUUCUAUCUGGACAGAAAGCAAAGUAAGUCCAAGAUCCAUGCAGCACGAAGUCUGAGCGAGAUCGCCAUUGACCUAACAGAAACAGGGACGCUGAAGACCUCAAAGCUGGCCAACAUGGGGAGCAAAGGGAAGAUCAUUAGCGGCAGCAGCGGGAGCCUACUGUCCUCAGGUUCUCAAGAAUCAGAUAGCUCGCAGUCGGCUAAGAAAGACAUGCUGGCUGCCCUGAAAUCCAGGCAGGAAGCUCUGGAGGAGACGCUGCGCCAGCGGCUGGAGGAGCUGAAGAGAUUGUGUCUCCGGGAAGCUGAACUCACAGGCAAACUGCCUGUUGAAUAUCCCCUGGAUCCAGGAGAGGAACCACCCAUUGUUCGGAGAAGAAUUGGAACAGCUUUCAAGCUGGAUGAACAGAAAAUCCUGCCUAAAGGAGAGGAAGCCGAGCUGGAACGUCUGGAGCGAGAGUUUGCCAUUCAGUCCCAGAUCACUGAGGCUGCCCGCCGCCUCGCCAGUGACCCCAAUGUCAGCAAGAAACUGAAGAAGCAAAGGAAAACCUCGUAUCUGAACGCACUGAAGAAGCUGCAGGAGAUUGAAAACGCGAUCAACGAGAACCGAAUCAAGUCAGGGAAGAAACCCACCCAGAGGGCUUCACUGGUCAUAGACGAUGGAAACAUUGCCAGUGAGGACAGCUCUCUCUCUGACGCCCUUGUUCUUGAAGAUGAAGACUCUCAGGUUACCAGCACAAUAUCCCCCUUACAGUCUCCACACAAGGGACUUCCUCCUCGGCCACCAUCUUCGCACAACAGGCCUCCUCCCCCGCAGUCCCUGGAGGGACUCAGGCAGAUGCACUAUCACCGCACGGACUAUGACAAGUCACCUUUAAAGCCCAAAAUGUGGAGCGAGUCCUCGUUAGACGAGCCUUAUGAGAAGGUGAAGAAACGCUCUUCCCAUGGUCAUUCCAGCAGCCACAAGCGCUUCCCCAGCACGGGAAGCUGUGCUGAGGCGGGAGGAAGCAGCUCGUUGCAGAACAGCCCCAUCCGAGGCCUCCCACACUGGAAUCCCCAGUCCAGCAUGCCGUCCACCCCAGACCUGCGCGUCCGGAGUCCCCACUGUGUUCAUUCCACAAGGUCAGUGGACAUCAGCCCCACAAGACUGCAUAGCCUAGCACUGCACUUUCGGCAUCGGAGCUCCAGCUUGGAGUCCCAGGGCAAGCUCCUGGGUUCAGAGAAUGACACCGGAAGCCCCGACUUCUACACCCCGAGGACUCGUAGCAGCAAUGGCUCAGACCCCAUGGAUGACUGCUCCUCGUGCACCAGCCACUCGAGCUCAGAGCACUACUACCCGGCACAGAUGAACGCCAACUACUCAACGCUGGCUGAGGACUCGCCAUCCAAAGCGCGGCAGCGACAGAGGCAGAGGCAGCGGGCAGCAGGCGCUCUGGGCUCGGCGAGCUCCGGCAGCAUGCCCAACCUGGCCGCGCGCAGCGGGGCCGCGGGCGCGGGCGGCGGCGUGUACCUGCACAGCCAGAGCCAGCCGAGCUCGCAGUACCGCAUCAAGGAGUACCCACUGUAUAUUGAGGGCAGUGCCACACCCGUGGUGGUGCGCAGCCUGGAGAGCGACCAGGAGGGCCACUACAGCGUCAAGGCGCAGUUCAAGACCUCCAACUCCUACACAGCCGGCGGCCUGUUCAAGGAGAGCUGGCGCGGGGCUGGGGACGAGGGCGACGCAGGCCGCCUUACGCCCUCCCGCUCCCAGAUCCUGCGGACUCCUUCGUUGGGGCGUGAAGGCGCCCACGACAAAGGCUCUGGCCGCGCUGCGGUGUCAGACGAGCUGCGCCAGUGGUACCAGCGCUCCACAGCCUCGCACAAGGAGCACAGCCGCCUGUCGCACACCAGCUCCACCUCCUCGGACAGCGGCUCCCAGUACAGCACCUCUUCCCAGAGCACCUUCGUGGCGCACAGCAGGGUCACCAGGAUGCCCCAGAUGUGCAAGGCCACGUCAGCUGCCUUACCUCAAAGCCAGAGAAGCUCAACACCGUCAAGCGAAAUUGGAGCCACCCCACCAAGCAGUCCCCACCACAUCCUGACCUGGCAGACGGGGAGCUACAGUGACAGCUGCUUCCUGGAUUCAUCCCUUUAUCCAGAGCUAGCUGACGUCCAAUGGUACGGGCAGGAAAAAGCCAAGCCUGGAACCCUCGUGUGAGCCGGCUGGGCCUGAUCUGACCGCCGCCGCAACGCCAUUCUGAGUCACCUCACUGCCUCUCAUUUGCCUUACCCAGACGCACUGUCACCUGCACCAGCUUUGGCCCUCAGCACUUUUUUUUUCUCCUGUCUCCACAUCCCCUUCACCCUCAAAAACCUGACUGAGGAGACAUUCUGGAAGGUUCCGAUCCCACUGUGUGUCCCCUGGCUCUCUUGCCCAGAGAGCCGGACAAUAAUCCUCAGUGACACCUUGGUGGUUUCCCUCUGCCGUUGACAGCCCCAGGCCAGGAACUGUCAGGGAAGCCAACACAUGCAAUUCCUGUGGAAGAGAAGCGUUGGUAGAGAAUGGGAAAAAGAAAGACCUACCUGUGUGCAGAGACUCUGAAGCUGUGUCCAGCUGCCGCCCUAGGCCAACCAGGUGCUUCAAGGGGAUAUUCAGUUUACAUCUGAAGUAUUCUGUAGUGAGCCAGCCAGCGAGAGCACCUAACAGGAAGGGUGAGAGAGAAAAGGAAGACGGACACUUCAGAGACUCAAUGGAGGAUCACAAUUGGUUCUAUGCUGCCAAAGAUUAGACACAUUCAACAAUAAACAGAUAGGAGGCGCCAAGAGGAACACACUUUCUCUGCAGUGAAAUUUCAUUUCAACUCUAAACUGCUUCUAUGCAGCACAAGUGGAAAGUCAACCAUUUGUAAAUCAUGUCCUGUCAUGACCCGUAGCACUCUGCUUCUCCCUACCUGAGAGCCCGGAAACAAACCCGAUGGGACAAUGAAGAUGAAGGAGGCUUGGCUGGCCUGGCAGACUCAGACUCUCUAUCUGUCUGGACAUGCAGAACAGAGGUUGGGAGGAGGAGCAGGGUACCAUUAGGACUGCCCUAUGUAGGGGCCUCAGCCAGUGCCCCAAAGCUUCUUUCCUUCUGGGAUUGGAAGCUAAAGGUGACCAAUGCCAAAAGUACUUCUAUCCCGUUAAAACAACCAGUAAACAUGUAACCUUUCUUUUUUUGUACAAGGUGUUCCAUUUUCUUUUUUAUGGGAAACCAAGGGAAAAAGCACAUUGCAAUACAGUCAGGUGUUUUACUGUUGUUGGCUCAUUUUAUGUUAACACUUGUGUGACAAAGAACUCGGAUGGACCUCUCCUAUGUGUCACUUAGUCAAAGAACCCAAGUAUGCCCUUAGGUAGGAAGCUUUCUUACAUGUGUCUACCAGAUGGCAGGCAAAGCAGAGUUGAAAUAACUCAGCUUCCAAAGGGCCCAUCCACCUCCAGCAGUAUCCAUGACCUUGACUGACCACCACUGUCCACAGAUACCAAGAGGAUAAAAGGCAAAAAAAAAAAAAAAAAAAAAAAAAAGCAUGUGUGCAAUCUGCUUGUUUACAUGUGUUUUGAGCUAUGCUUAACACACAACCAAAAAGCCAUCAAUGUUCAAAGGCCUCAGAAUUACCUUUAUAAUAACUAACCCGUGCGCAGUCUUAGUUGGGUUACUCAAGAUGGCACAGAAGAGUCUCCAUGGAAGUAGUACAUGUUAGUGCCAAGCGGGGUCGCCUCUGUAAUGACUUCCGUUGGUAAGGGCAUCCAGGAACGAGAGCCAGGGUGGGAGGACUUUUGUGGGAAAGCAGAUCUAAAAGUUAGCCAUGGCAUCAAAAGAAAAACCUUUGUUUUUCAUGUAUGUAAACCCAAGAACAACAGACUGCCAAAGCAGGAAGUAAGAAAUGGACACCAGAAAGACGUGGCCCAACCUGUUGCUCACUCCACUGUGACUUGAACAGCUCUGGAAGUCAAGUGGGAGCUCACACCAGGCAGGAACAUUCAUACCAUACAGCCCAAGGCCUCCUGCACCAUUUUUCCAAGGCCCAUUCAAGGCUGGCUUGAGGAUUCUAGCUUCCAGAAGCAGCAUUCUUCCUGGAUACCUCAAGGGAAACCCUGUAACAUUGGUAGGGACUGGAUAUGAUGGUACAAAAUCAACCUGGGGCUUGAUGGAGACAAGGCUACCUUUUUUUGCUCCUAGUAUGAUAACAGGAGCUAUAAAAAGCAGAUUUGGGGAUUUUUUUUUCCCUUCCUUACCUAGUAGAAAAUGUGACACAGUGUGUCAAGUUUUCUUUCUUCCAAAAGGAGAUGCCUGAAUAAUUAGAACGAACUAUGGUGCAACAGGAAAAGUCCAAAGGGAAAUAAAGAAUAAGACAAGGUUACAUGGUUACAGGAUAUAACAUAGCAGUCUGAAAAUCAAUUCUGAAGUCCUCCGGAUCAAUGAGAGAGGCAGAAAGAAUCUAAAUGUAAUAGAUUUGGGGAGCAGAGGGGAAUGGAAUGGGAGCUGUGAACACCAUCACGAUAGUCUGGCAGUAAGGACAGAGAUUAAGUAAAACAGGUUUUACUGUUUAGCUGUGUUCAGUUAAUACAAUGUACAUAGUAAGCAUUAGUCCUUUGAGACUGACAUGAUAAAUGGUCGGUGUGGUAAUAAACGCUCGAGGUAUCGUCUUCAAGCACCUGCAAACGCUUUACAGAUCCCUAUUUCUUUAAAGGAAGAUGAAACAUGAAGCCCCCAAUCUGAUCUAAGGCCCCUAUUGGAUUCUUUGGAUACAUGUAAGAAAUUGCCUGUUUCAGCCAGAAGACUAUAUUGUGAGCCAGGUUGGUUUAUUUUGCUAUAUGCAGGUGAGUGUUGAAACUGUUAAAAUCCCAAUUUGUUUUCAUUCAGUAUUAGUUUAGUUCUAUAUAUAUAUAUAUAUAUAUAUAUAUAUAUAUAUAUAUAUAGCAAACCUCAUCCAGGUGCUAUCAGAUGACCAAUUACUGCUUAGUUAACUAGGUGUAAAGUUUUACAUAUCCAUUCAUGUCAAUAGUUUAUUACAAGUUGUGUAAAAUUGACUCUAGUUUAAUAACGGGGAAAAGAUUAGGUUGCUCCUGAAACUGACUGUAGAGCAUGUAAAAUGAUUUUACUGGAUUCUGUUCAACUGUAAUCAAUGAAAAAGAUGUAUGUUGUAGACAAAGUUGCAGAAUUAAAGAAAUCUGCUUUUAAUUUA